AUGGCUGAACAUGGUGUCAGGACUUUUAGGGAAGUCAUUAAGUUUAAUGCCUGUGGGGAGGGUGGUAAUGGAGUCAACCAGCAGCCCGGGUACCACAUCCGAGACAAGGAUCUCGGAAAGAUACACAGGGCAGCCUGUGAGGGCAAUGUGGCCAGAGUGCAGCAGAUCCUGCUGCUCAGGAAAAAUGGCCCCAAUGAUAAAGACAAGAGGAACAGGACUGCUCUGCAUCUGGCCUGUGCCAGUGGCCAUCCAGCAGUGGUGACUCUACUACUAGAGUGGAAAUGCCUUAACCUCUGUGACAGUGAGAACAGGACAGUGCUGAUAAAGGUAUCUGUCCAGUGCCAGCAAGAAGAAUGUACCAGUAUUCUGCUGGAACAAGGUGCCGACCCAAAUCUCGUGGAUGCCAGUGGCGACACGGCCCUCCACUGUGCUGUCUUUGGUCAGAAUAUCUCCAUUGCAGCAAAGCUGCUUUCAUACAAUGCUAACAUUGAAGCAAGAGACAGGGAUGACCUUACACCACUUUUACUUGCUGUCAGAAAACAGAAAAUGGUGGAAUUUUUAUUAAGGAAACAAGAAAUCAUGCAUGCAGUUGAUAAGAUGAAAAGGAAUCACCACCUGAUUUUGGAAUAUAAAGGAGAAAAGAGACCUAAAACUCCUUCUCGAGGUAGUAACCUAGUGCCUGAGAGUUCUGAAGAAGACUCUAAUUUUUCCAGUGAACCUGGUGUUGAUGAUACAUGGCCUACAUCAGAUACAUUUAUCUAUUUUGAUGCCAAAGGUGUUCAUCCAGAUCUUUCUUCUAAGUCCCCUGAGUGCCUCACAUUUGGAAUGCCCCAAACCGAAGACACUGAUCCUUUACCAUAUGUAACAUUGGUAACCAACGACAUAGUACUGCAUGGCAUAGGGAAGGAGACAAAAAGCCAGGAAUGGAGGGAAAAGGAACCAGGACUGAUAUUAUCCCACAAGAGCCACCAAAAUCAUGACCAUUUUACUUCUGUUGAUGGAGCACAGAGCAAGAAUAGACAUGGCUAUUGUGUGUGGGGCUCCCAGCGCCUGGGUGGGCACUGCCUCGGCUCCGCAGGGUCAUUAGCCCAUGGCUGCUGCUGGAGCUCUGCUCCUCGGGUUCCUGCGCCGCGCCUGACCAACCCCUCCCCGCGCCGCGCUCUGCCCACUGGCUCUUGCUGCACUUGCGCCCAACGCCACUGGGCACCUCAGGAAGGGGAGGCAUGCGGGCCCCUCACUGGCGUCAGGGCUGAGGACGCCCCCAGAGGGGCCCUGCCCAGUGCAGAGCCACGGUGCCAACGGAUCUCCAACGCUGGGGUCCCGGUUUGGGUGAUCUGCCACACAGGAUUGUCACAGAGAGGAACAGAGCCCAGGGCCAACGGCCAGGCCAGCCUGGCUGGGAUUCAGCUCUCUCCCACUCCAGGCUUUGCGACCUUGUGUACCUCUGAGAGUCUUUCACAGAAGUAUGUUGGUCAUAAACCUGGAGCUUCCAGUCAAAGAGGGAAAAAUAGAGUAAAUGGUGAAGUAGAAGCUAGAGGGCAGGAAAGAGUUGAAGGAGAGAUUAUCCAUGUGAGAUACUACAGCCAAGCAGAGAGCAAAAAGGAAGUGGUGGAGAUGAUCCUUCAAAAGCAUGUCAAAGGUCAAGUUAAUUCUGCGGAUGACCUUGAUGACUUAACUCAGUUGUCUGAAACAGCUUCCGAGGAUUGUGAGAUGAUUUACUCCAAUUCUAAGACUUCUGUGUUGCUAAUUGAACAACUUGGCCUGGAGUGUAAAGACCUCCCUCAGUCUAGUGAUCACAAAAACCCUUUUGAUUUGCCACUUGCCUCCUCCGAGGAGAUGAACGCCAUGAUUCAAAGAAAAAAUCAUGAUAUUUCUGCUGUUAAAAAAACUUCUAAUCAAACCAAACGAGUACAGGAUUGGUUCAAGAAGUUGUGGUAUGCAAGAAAUUUCUGUGCUAAAAAAAGGAAAAGCAUCAAACCCAAAUUAGAAACUUGGAAUUUUCCACCAAAUAGUAACAGAACAUCCCAAAUAUAUUUAAAGGAAGAAUUACAGCAAAGAUUUAAGAAUAAGGUAGGCAUGUUACAUGUACAGUUCCUGGCUUUGGACAAGAAAAAAAUCAAAUGCAAAAAGGCUGAGAAAGAAAAGAAGCAGCACAGAAGCAGUGUGAUGGCAGUAUCAGAAAACAAACAUGGCUCUGAUGAUGACAGUGGAUUAAUGCAACAGAGAAAGAGAGGAAAAACUAAUAACCAGUGGUUUCCUACUAUGGAGAAUGGAGAUUCUGAUAGCAGCAGUUCUAGCAUGCGUAUGAAAGAAGUAUGGAAAAAUGAAAGAGAAAAAUGGUCAUCAAAAGGACCUGUGAUUCCACCAAUACUUGAAAAGGCUGAUUCACUGACUAUUGAUUUACUACACAUGAAUGAUGACAGAAGCUUAAGUGGAAGAGAUCAGGAUGAUGGCAGACCUAUAAAGAGAACACCUAAUGAAAAGAACAAGGUCAAAGAGAAAAUUAAUUCUAUGGAUGACUUUGAUGACUUAACUCAGUUAUCUGAAACAGCUUCCAAGGAUUGUAAGUUGCUUUCCUCUAAAUCUAUGAAUGCUAUGUUGCUAAUUGAACAACUUGGCAUGGAGUGUAAAGAUUCUGUUAGCAUAUUGAAAAAUCAGGAUUCAGUUCUUUCGGAUGACAGUUUACUAGAACUUAAAAAAAGCCACUAUGAACUACUUACAGGAAAAAUUAAAAAAAUGCAAAGUAAGAUCAUUGGGUUACAAAAGGAGCUAUCAGAAAGAAAAGAAGUGAAAUCACAGUUAGAACACCAAAUACUGGAGUGGCAACGAAAGUUUUACAGUAUGAGAUGCACAUUAAAGCAAGAAGAGGAAGAAAAAAGAAAUGCUUAUAAGUUAUAUGAAAAAACUAGGAAGGAGUUAAGAAGGAGAAAAGAGAGAUACCAUAAAGAAGCUGAAAUGAAACAGCAACUUGAACUGAUUGUCCAAGCACUGGACAUGGAAUUGAGGGCUGUGAGAAAUAAUCUGAACCAGGGUGCUGAGAGUCAUGAAAAAGCAAAAGAACUGUUGCCUAAAAACCACAUGUCACAGAAUGAAAUUGCCAUGUUAAAACAGGAAAUAGAGGCAAUAGAAAAUUAUAACCAGGAAAUGGAAAAGAAAUAUUUUAUGGUCAUGAAAAUUGUAAAAAAGAAGUAUGCUGAACUUCAAAAGACAAUAAAACUUAAUGAGGAAACAUUAACAAAAAUAAUCUUGGAACACAAUGAACAACUUAAUGUUCUGACAGCUGAGAAAACAAUGCUGAGGUCUGAACUGGAGAAUGAAAGACAAAAUAAAGAAAGACUGGAAAGGCAAGUUGAAUCAUACCACUCUAGAUUGGCUACUGCCACCCAUGAUCAAGUGCAAAGUCAGACAUCAAAAAGAGACCUGGAACUUGCCUUCCAGAGAACAAGCGAUAAGUGCUUACCCUUACAAGAUGAAAUAAAUUUGGAUGUGUCUAACCUGAGAGAUAACGAGAUGCAUUCCCAGCAACGGUCGAAGUCUGAAGGAAAAUCCAAUGGCCUAGAAACUGAGCUCCUUCGCAGGAGAGAUGCUCUCAGAGAAAAGUCUUUGGUGUUUGACACUGUACCUGUACAGAGAGACCUAAGCCAAGCACAGUGUCAGAAGGAAAUUGAACACAUGCCUCCAAGUGAACAAGGCAAAGUGAAGAAGUACAUGGACAAACAGAAAUCCUCGAAGGGGGGAUUAUCCCAACUAGAGAGUGAAAACCUCUUGCUGCGACAGCAGCUGAAUGACUUGCAAAACAAAAUCGACAGCCAGCAGAAAGUGGUAAUUAAUAUCCAGGACCAGUUUCAGGAUACUGUGAAAAGAGUUCAAGCCGAAAGUGAAAAAAAACAUCUGAUGCUGGAGGAAAGAAACAAGGAGUUAACUAAGGAAUGUAGUCACCUAAAAGAGAGGAUUAAUCAGUAUGGAAAUGAGACAAUGGAAAGAGAAGUGAUGGUGGGACACCUUCAACAAGAACUGGCUGAUUCCCUAAAAAAGCAGUCUCUGUCUGAGGCUUCAUUGGAGCUCAUGUCACGUGAUUGUGCUAAAUUAGAAGAUGAGAGACAGGAUUUAAAGAAGAAAUUACGUCAAAUGACAAGUAAAUUGCAAGAAGCACAAGAACUACAUACAGAGGCUGUGAAGUGUGCUGAGGAGACCAAGGAUCACAUGCAAAAGCUUGAAAUUCAAACUGCCAAGUUAAAAGUGAUGAACAAAAAGCAAGUGGGCAAAAUUGAACAGCUUCAGAGAAACCUGCUAAGUACAAAUAUGUCUGAGCAUGGAAAGGAACAAUUAAAGCAACUUAUGGAGUUAAUACAGUUUCUGGAAAGCAGGUUGGAUCAGCAAAAGAAGAAAAAUGAUAGAUUAGAAAAAGAGCUUACUGGAUUGAAGGAAUGCUUGGAAAUGACAAGAAGGGAAGUAAAUGAAAAUGAAAAAGGAGAGCCUAGUGCCCAUGGUGUUGUAAAAAUCAAUCCAACUGAAAUGGAUAUUCAGAUAGAUAUGCUAAAACAUAAGAGUGAUGAUCCGAGAGCACAGCAGUAAACUGCACGUUCCAUAUGUCUACAUCUGGGCAAAAAUCAAGUUCUUCAACAGGAAUUAUUAUGUAUGAAAGGGAUGCAGAAAAGAUGUGGAAAAUUCAAGGAGAAUAAACAGAAGAGUCACAUAGACAUGAAUAUGGUAGAACGCAGUCAGGUAGAGCGCUAUAAACAGGAGAUGGAAGCAAGAGCAAGACAGGAGAUAGAAGAACAGUUAACAAAAGUCAACUUAUUCCUGCAGACACAAGCAGCAUCUCAAGAAAACUUAGAGCAACAUCUCAAAUCUAAACGCUCCAAAGAAAACACUUCUCAUGAAUCUUCUUGUAAAAUAGAAUUGGAAAAAUAUAAGCAACUCUACCUAGAAGAAUUAAAAUUGAGAAAGUCGCUGGAAAAAAAACUAAACAAAAUUCAUCGGAGGCUGGCUGAAACCUGUAUGAAACGUCUGAUGGAGAAAGAGCAGAACAGAUCUUUACUCCAAACAUUUACUACAAGUCCUGUCCUGGAGCCACCUGGUGCUGAAAAUAUUCAUAAUAGCUCCAUGUUCAGAAGAAAUCUUACAACAAGAGAAACCUUAACAUUUUCUACCUCAUGUUCACUCACUUCAUUUGACAGCAUUGUGACUGCUUUGAUGAAGAGUCGGUGGGAGAUGGAAGAAAAUAUGAAUAAAGAACUAGCAGAAGCUACUGCCGAACUUGAUUCUGUAUACCUGAGAGCCUCUCUACUGAGAUCUACCGAAGACCUUUUGAAAACAUCACACAGCCAUAUGUACAGAUUCUGAAGAAAACUUAUAUUGUCUGAAAAAUAAAGAGUGAAACUAUCUACUGGACAGUUAACAUAAUG